AGAAAAUAAAUAAUUAAGGUCUAAUAUAUUUUAUUAUUAUUUUCACUCUGAGAAAAAUGUCACAAUUCUAAAAUUUUAUUCUCAGAACAAAAACAUAAAUAAAUAAUAUAUUAGACCUUAAUUUUUUUCAGUGCCCCUAAUCCUCUUCUGUACUAUUGCAAUAUUACAGUUUAACAUAUUUUUUUCAUCACUAUGUGCUAUUUGUGCAUGCAUCAAAGAAGAAAAAUACUUUCUGACACGAUAUAAAUCACUAAACUACUCCUGCAUAUUGAACCUUUUGGCUCGUGUACUGCAGCGUAUUAUUCUUACAUUCUUACAAGUUUUUAAAGUUAAUAAUUGUUGCAGUAUUGAUCUUUUUAUAUGAGUAACAUGUAUAUUAAUGUUAUCUAUUUGCUCGCAUUGCAAUUUUUUUUUUAUCAAUAUAAACAUUGUUAACUUCAUGAUCUCACCAAAAAAAAGUGUCUGCAUAACUUGCUUUGCAUGAAUCCAUCCACCUGAAUAAAUGUGUGUCGCAAUGUUUUGCUGUUUCAAGUUUCGUCAUUAAAGGUGGACUGUCGCUCCCGCAGUGACGUGAGGAACGUGUUCGCCAUAAUGAUAAUAAACGGCGAACACAAAGCUACAAUAAAGCUCAUUUAGCUUUGUCUGUGAAACGGUGAUAGUAAAUUAAUAUUCACCUUUGAGUACUCGAGCUUGGACUGGCUUCAGUGGAUGCAAGUCUUGGUAAAAGAGGUGGAAACGAAGAAGAACUGAGCGGGACAACGAGGCUUUGCUAUGGCGUCUGCCAGCGUGGACUCCAAAGCAGAGCUGACUGCUCUGCUGGAACAGUGGGAGCGGGAACAGCAAGGCAGCACACAAGAGCUGGUGAACAUCCUCACAAAGAUCUCAGAGCUUGUCGAGAAAGAGACAGAGGAAUACCACAAAGCAGAUCCAGACCCGUUUGAUGACCGACAUCCUGGAAGAGCUGAUCCAGAAUGUGUUUUGGGGCACCUGCUCAAGAUCCUGUUCAAGAAUGAUGACUUUAUGAACACACUGGUGAAUAGUUAUGUGAUGACUAGCAGGGAAUUCUCCCUCAAUGCAGCAGCUUGUCGCCUUCUCCAGAACAUCAUGCCUGGACUGGAGACAGCUGUGGUCUUUCAGGAGAAGGAGGGCAUAGUGGAAAGGCUUUUUAAGUGGGCUCAGGAGGCAGAGCAGCCACUCAGGAUUUACGCCACAGGCUUGUUGGCUGGAGCCAUGGAGAACCAGGACAUAGCAGCCAAUUACAGAGAAGAGAACUCUGUUUUGGUGCCUUUAAUGCUGCAUCGGAUGCGUGAGCUUCAGGAUAAAGAUGCAGAGAACAAAAGGGAAAUCAAAAGACCCAGUCCAAGGAAACUUCUGGGUGAGCCUUUGCUGCCAUUGGACGAGGAGACAAUCGACGGGGGCUUUGAAGACAAGCCUUUCACGCUGGGCAGAAACGGAGCAGAAAGGGAGGGGACAGGGACAGAGGAGGAAAGCGACAUACACCUCUCGACCAUCGAACCCGAAAACGAGCUUUCGUUCCGUCUCAACUCCCCUCACAAGACCAGCAGCCGUGCCAACUCAGCUGUUAAAACCAUGAUGAAGCCCAUGUCUGCCCCCAGUUCUCUGAUUCAUCAAGGCAUGUCUGAUGGCAGCAGUUACCUGAGAAGGAGGGCAGAGAGGGACAGCGGCAGGAUCUCAAAGCAAAAACUGAAUUUCUCUUUGCCAGAGCCAGAGAGGAACUUCAGUGAGCUUUCAAACAGCAGCUGGUCUGAGAUGAGCCCCUGGGUGAUUGGUAACAACUAUCAUCUUUACCCUCUGACCCCGGAGAUCGAGCAGAGGCUCAUCCUGCAGUAUCUUACCCCUCUGGGAGAGUACCAAGAGCUGCUGGCAGUAUUCAUGCAGAUGGGAGCUCGGGAGCUGCUCAUGCAUUACAUGGAUCUGAAACAGACCAAUGAUGUGCAGCUCACCUUUGAGGCUCUCAAGUACCUUGCUUCUCUGCUGCUGCACAAGAAGUUUGCGGCAGAGUUUGUCGCUCAUGGAGGAGUUCAGAAGUUGCUGGAAAUCCCACGACCAUCAAUGGCAGCUACUGGAGUGUCGCUAUGCCUCUACUACCUUGCCUAUAACCAGGAUGCAAUGGAGAGGGUGUGCAUGCUGCCCCACUCCAUCCUGUCAGAUGUAGUUGGUUACACGUUAUGGCUGCUGGAGUGCUCGCACGCGUCCGGCUGCUGCCACGCCACAAUGUUCUUCUCCAUCUCCUUCUCGUUUCGUGCCGUCUUGGAGCUCUUCGACAAGCAGGACGGGCUCAGACGCCUCGUCAAUCUGAUUAGCACGCUGGAGAUCCUGAACCCUGAUGACCAGGGAGCGCUGCUAAGUGAUGAUGAGAUUUUCUCCAGCAGGCAGACAGCCAAGCACACCUGCAUGGCCCUGCGCAGGUACUUUGAGGCCCAUCUGGCAAUCAAGGUGGAGCAGGUGAAGCAGUCGCUGCAGCGCACAGAGGGGGGCGCCCCCAUCCAUUCCCAACCAUACUACAAGGCGGUCAGCUACAGCCGUGAACAGGUGGUGGAAAUGAUGGAGUUUCUUAUUGAGUAUGGUCCACUCAGACUGUACUGGGAACCAGCAGAGGUCUUUCACAAGCUGUCCUGUGUUCAGCUCCUCCUACAGCUCAUUUCCAUCGCCUGUGAUUGGAGGACCUACUACGGCAGGAGUGAUACAGUGCGUUAUGCCCUUGACAUGCUGAGCAUCCUCACAGUUGUUCCAAAGACCCAGCUGUUGCUGUCUGAGGCUGUCGCUGUCCUUGAUGAGGGAGGAUCCAGUGUUUCAACUGUUGGAAUGAGUAUUGUCCUGGCGGUGGCAGAGGGAGAGGUGUUUGUGAAUGAUGCCGAGAUUCAGAAGUCUGCUCUGCAGGUCGCCAUCAACUGUGUCUGUGCUCCAGACAAGCGCAUGUCCAGCAUUGGCAAGUUCAUCGCAGGAACCCCCCGCCGCCGCCUGCCUCAGCAGACCAAAGCCAGCGAGAGCGUGCUCACUAAGAUGUGGAAUGUGGUGCAAUCCAACAACGGCAUCAAGGUGCUGCUGUCUCUGCUGACGGUGAAGAUGCCCAUUACUGAUGCAGAUCAGAUCCGAGCUCUGGCCUGUAAAGCUCUGGUGGGUCUGUCUCGCUCCAGCACCGUCCGACAGAUCAUCAGCAAGCUGCCUUUGUUCAGCAGCGGACACAUCCAGCAGCUCAUGAAGGAGCCUGUGCUCCAAGACAAACGCAGCGAGCACGUCAAGUUCUGUAAGUUUGCGGCCGAGCUGAUAGAACGGAUCUCUGGGAAGCCACUGCUGAUCGGUACGGAUGUGUCUCUGGCGUGGCUGCAGAGGGCCAGUGUGGUCGCUCAGUCCAGGAUCAGCUUUCCGGAGAAAGAGCUGCUGCUGCUAAUUAGAAACCACCUUGUUGCAAAAGGCCUUCACGACACCGCCACCACCCUCACCAAAGAGGCAGAGCUUCCGAUGUCUUGUCUGUCCCAUCCCUCACAUUCAACUUCUGCGUUCCCUCCUGUCGCUCCUCCCCCACCUGCGUCCCCUGUUACUACUCUCCCCCGCACACCACGGCUGGCUAAUGGUGUCGGCUCAAGACUUGUGAACCACCCCCCUCAUUCAUCCACCCCAGGAUCCAGCAAUACACAACCACGUCCCUGUACAGCUCAGCCCACUGUGUGUUCCUCCUCUUCUUCUUCUUCAGCUGCUGCUUUCCCUUCAACAUCUGUGCCCCACUGUAGCAACGGCUCACCUCUGAUCGGACGAAUUGUUUUCUCUCGCGAACGGCAAACCGGGUGCAGUACUGUGGCCUGUAAAAAACCACGUGUGCUGAGGCAGAAGUCUGACCACGGGGCUUUCAGCCAGAGUCCAGCAAUGAAGAAGCAGUUUGACAGACACCUGCCCUCUCCCCCUGCAUUGGACAGCAUCAUCACAGAGUACCUGAGGGAACAGCACGCACGCUGUAAAAACCCUGUGGCAACAUGCCCGCCCUUCUCUCUCUUCACACCCCAUCAAUGCCCAGAGCCCAAACAGAGACGCCAAGCACCCAUCAACUUCACAUCCCGACACACACGAAGGGUCAUUUAUCCUAAAUAUGGAGGAGUGGAUGGAGGCUGCUUUGACAGACAUCUCAUCUUCAGCAGGUUCCGUCCGAUCUCGGUGUUUAGGGAGGCAGACGAGGACGAGAGUGGAUUCAUGUGUUGUGCCUUCUCAGCUCGCGAGCGUUUCCUGAUGCUCGGGACAUGCACGGGGCAGCUCAAACUCUACAAUGUGUUUACAGGCCAGGAGGAAGCCAGCUACAGCUGUCACAGUUCAGCCAUCACUCACCUGGAGCCUUCUCGGGAUGGCUCCCUGCUCCUAACCUCAGCCUCUUGGAGUUACCCUCUGUCUGCACUGUGGGGAAUGAAAUCAGUCUUCAUCAUGAAGCACUCCUUUCUAGGGGACCAUUAUGUGGAGUUCAGUAAGCUCUCACAGGACCAUGUGAUCGGGACGAAAGAACACGUAGCACGUAUUUACGACAUUCAGACAGGUCAGGUCACUCUGACCCUAAACAACCCAGACUUGGCGAACAACUACAAGAGGAACUGUGCCACCUUCAACCCCACAGAUGACCUGGUGCUGAACGACGGCGUGCUGUGGGAUGUUCGCACGGCUCAAGCAAUCCACAAGUUUGACAAAUUCAACAUGAACAUCAGCGGUGUUUUCCACCCUAACGGCCUGGAGGUCAUCAUAAACACGGAGAUUUGGGAUCUGAGGACCUUCCACCUCCUCCACACGGUACCAGCUCUAGACCAGUGCAGGAUAGUCUUCAACAACAACGGCACUGUCAUCUAUGGAGCAAUGCUGCAGGCUGAUGAUGAAGAUGACAUGAUGGAGAUGCAGAUGAAAAGUCCAUUCGGUUCAUCGUUCAGGACCUUUAAUGCUACGGACUAUAAACCAAUCGCAACAAUUGAUGUCAAGAGGAACAUAUUUGAUCUUUGUACUGAUACCAAAGACUGCUACCUAGCUGUGAUAGAGAACCAAGAUUCUGUAAACACUGACACAGUGUGCAGGCUGUAUGAAGUCGGCCGUCAGAGACUAGCAGAGGAAGAGGAGGAAGACGAGGAGGAUCAGGAGGAUGAUGACCAGGAAGAAGACGACGACGACGACGAUGAUUCAGACGAUGAUGUGGAUACGGAUCCUCUCAUUGCCGAGCUAGAGAAUGACAACGGUGGAGAGGAUGAAGACGACGAAGAGGAGGAUGACGGAAAUGACGAAUUCUCUCCGUCUGAUGAAGAGGUCGCUCGUCUUCUUGAAGACGAUGGAGACGGUGGGGACGACGACGAUGAGGACAAUGAUGAGGAUGACUCUGAUAAUGAUGAUGUAGAUUUGGACGGGGACAACGACAGCUCCGACAACUCUGACCUUGAGGAUGACAUCAUAUUAUCCCUGAACGAGUGAGGAGCCGUCAGCGACCCGGAGUGAGAAACUGGGCAAAGUGUCAAGAUUUGUGCCUCCAUAGACAUUUGAGCUGCUGGACAGGAGGCUACAAAGAGGAGGAUAAUAUCAGCAGAUAAGGUGGGAGAUACCAUGGAGCACUGCCAGUUUGAAACAGUAGGUGUCUACACUCUGAGUGGCAGGACCAAGAAAGAAGUAUCUCACAGAAAUGGAGGGAGAGGGGCACUCAUUGACGUAUUGGUGGGCAAAAUGAUUGUAUUUGAAAUAAUUUUAUAAUACAAAAGUGGGUUUGAUGGUGAGCCAAACGGCUAGUGUGUGGAUGCAACAGAGAAAAAAAGUUUUAUAUUUGAGCACAUUAACAGCUCUUUAAAUGAGCUUCUUCAUUUGAUAUUGAUUCACUCACUUUAUAAGCCUCUGUUUGGUCACAGAUUAGUCUUUGUAGGGGGAAAGGCUUACAUUUGCAGGGCUGUGCGUCUGCAUUUGUUUGGCAAAGGAUACAAUGCUCUCUAAAGCUUGUAUUUUGCCAGACAGCCUCAAAUAAUCACCCAAAAAGUACUCAAGUAUUGAAUUAGGCAGCUAAUGUAAUGCACAAACAUAUUUCAACAAAUGUCAAACCUACCUUAAGGUUUUACUUUCACCAUUUACAGAUGACCAAAAAACCACACCUAAUAGUGCCAUUGUGACCAUCACCUCCAGAUUUCAUUGUGUAAAUAGGGAAGUCAAAUCGGCUUUGUGCUGAUUUUGAAGAUAACUUGUGUGGGCACUGUAACUAUUUACACACCUGCUCACUGUCAUCACAACGGACGUUCAGAGGCUGCUAAAGCUUUCUUCCAUGGAGUGAUUUUACACACCUUUACUCAGCCGUCUAGUGGAUGCCAUCUUAAAAAGAUUAUUGUCCAAUGAAACCGUUUGCUUAAUUUGAUAUUAAAAAAGAGGAUUUUUCAAUGAGUGUGGUUCAGGACAGAUUAUACAGUGAACAUCAACCCUUUCAUUAAAAAGGAUCCACCUGAGUCUAAAAAGAGAGCUUUUGAAACACGGCAAAUAAAAGAAGAUGGUAAAAUAUUUCAUUUUAAAUCUGUUCCUUCCUACUCUGAUGGAGCGACCAGAGUCUUCAAACUCUGAACAUUGUGAAAACAAAUGCCUUGUAGUUGCACACUUUUUGAAAGUAGUGCAAACAUUUAAAGAUUUCUUUUUGCCUUGUAUCUUUUCAUUUUGUCAGCUUUCUUUUCCACAAGGAGACUUCUAUGUUGACUUUAUUGAGACAGUUUAUGUACAGCUUGUAUGUAUCUAAAGUAUUUUUACUAUAAAUAAAGCCACAAAAUUAGA